UUCAGUUUCACUUCUACGUUUAGAUAAUAAGCAUUUCAUCGUUCUUUCCAUUAAUCUCUAGUUUUUGUGUUUAUGUUUCACUGCUAUCGAAAUUUUAUGUGAUUUGAAUUUUAGAGUGUAAUUGCAAAAUUGUUUCGUGAUGUUAUCGUUCGUUAAGUUAUCACAACCUUGGAUGAAGCCUAUUCGCAGCACUUGCAUGCUUUUCUUACGCUCUCCUACACGCCAUUACAAUGAGCACAGCAAUAAGAGUGAAGACGACGACGGAGAGAGGCCAACAAAGAUCUCGGCGGCUGCUCAACUUGCUCAGACCGUGGAGAGCGAUACCAAGCUGGAGUCGCCCGAACCGGUGCAGCGCAUGGUCGAGCUGGAGAAUGUACGUUCCCGGAUAAACGAGCUUGAUCAGCGGAAGUUGCGGCAUCAGGAAUACGCCCAGAUGCUCAAACAGCUGAUCAUCAAGCCCAGCAACUAUACCCAGGAGCCGAAGCUGCCAUUUAAACAGCCCCUACCAGCCAACAACAUGCGUCACUCGCUUCGCAACUGCUCCAGCAUCGAGGAGGUACUGCUGUUGACCAGUGAUCCAUAUCAGCUGGCAAACGAGCUGGUUCGCCUCUCCUGGGAGCUAAAUACCGAGAAGCGUAAAAACGAUGUCGUACUGGAGGGCUAUCUAGAGCUAAAGCAGGAAAUUCUCAAGUCCAAGUUGAAGCCCAACUAGGAAUAGAAGCGGUUCACAUCUAUAUAGCUAUCAAACGAAGCAGAAGAGAAACUGACGAUAUUGGCAACAUCCGUAGACAUAUGGCAUCAUCGUUCACGGGCUGUCGUUCAAAUAAUUUGCUUAACAAGAUUUUUUGUCGUUUGCAAAAUGUAUUUUUCACAACAAAUACUCAGUUGAUUAAGGUUAGAUAAUA